ACCCCCUGAUCCCAAAGAAGAGGGAGCAUGUGGACUAAUUAGCACGGGGAGCAAGAAAAUCAUUAACCAGUAGAAGAGAGAAUGCUAAUUAAUUACAGAACUAUGUUACUUGUAACCAAUGAACACUAAUCCUUUUGCUUGCUAAAAUGUAUAAUUAGCAAAAAGUGUUUAUAGUUGGGUACUUGAUUUGUGGAAUUGCACGGGGCACCCAGGCUUGCGCAACUCUGAAAUCGCUAAUCUGUGUCCCCUCGAAUGUGUGUAGUUAUUGCCUCUUUGCACACUAGGUAAUGAAUCUGACUUUUGUGGGCAGUGUUUCUGGGGUUGAUAGCAUAGCAGUAACAGGUAGGGCUGGACUUUCCUAAGUAGUUGCUUCUGCUCUACUUAUUGUCUUGGCAAAACAACUUCAUGGGUGACUUUUUUCUGAGACAAGAAGUGUGUUUUGUGGUGUAAAUAGGAACUCCGUAAUUCUUAUUUUCUGCAGCAUUCAAAGUGUAAGCCACAUUAGUGUGGGAGUUGAAAAUGAGCAUUGCUUCAUGGAUCUGAAAUAAUUUUGCCCGGAGGUAAAUUUUUUUUGUGAAAAAUUUGUGAAGUGCUUUCGUUGAAGCACUUGGAUGUUCUGCUGAGGUUCUUCUGCAUAUGGAGCAGACUACUGUCUGCAUUUCAUCCACAGGCACUGAGUUCUGCUAGACCUCUCCAGGUCUGAGAUCCUCUGCAACUCCCACCCCCAGCUAUGUUCAUUGUGUUAGUAAGGGAGGAAGGGCUGCCUCACUACAAGCAUUAUACAUCAAAAGGCUGGCAAAGAAUAUUUCACUUUACAGAGGAAGAAGUGUAAGUAGGAUGGAUGAAUAAGCUUGAGAGCAGAUUAAAUCCCUGGCAGUUGUCAUGCACUCAGACAAUAAAAAUUGCUGCUCUAUUACAUCCCUAUUAUAGGAAGUAAACAACUUGUGUUCAUGAGCUGCAAAGUGUGACUUAAAUAAAAGUUUAAAGAUAAAGUUUAAGGAACUUAACCCAUUGGAUUGGUAGGAUUGCAAGAACUGUAUGAAGAUUCUGAGAUUAUGCUGCAGUGGUGUUGAAUGAGUAGCUGUGGAGAUGUUGCAUCCCUGUAGUAUUUGCUUUGAGGGUGGUGGAUCCCUGCUGAAUCUGUAGGAUAAAGAAAUACCCACUUUGGUUGUUUCUUCAUGUGUCCAAAUAAGAAUAUUCCACUUCCUUAACUGUGCCAUUUCCUACCUGUCAACUAACACUGGAUAAAAAAGCAAGCAAGACAGUUUUUCCAUUGGUUUUAAAGUCCUGGCCAAGUGCUAGUUAGUUCACAUUUGUAUAAUAACCUGACUCUGCGCAGUAUUUACUGACUGGCACAGUAUUCUUUCUCUCAUACUACAUUUGUUUUGCAGACCAGGCCUUUUGCCAUGGAAGCUGAGGAAACGAUGGAAUGUAUCCAGGAAUUCCCUGAGCACUAUAAAGUUAUUUUGGAUAGGCUGAAUGAGCAACGUGAGCAGGACCAGUUUACAGAUAUCACUCUGAUCGUCGAUGGUCACCAUUUUAAAGCUCAUAAGGCAGUUCUUGCUGCCUGUAGCCAGUUCUUCCACAAAUUCUUCCAAGAUUUCACUCAGGAGCCUUUGGUGGAGAUUGAAGGUGUAAGUAACAUGGCAUUUCGUCACCUAAUUGAGUUCACCUAUACAGCAAAGCUAAUGGUACAGGGUGAGGAAGAAGCAAAUGAUGUUUGGAAAGCUGCAGAGUAUCUACAGAUGCUAGAAGCAAUCAAAGCACUUGAAAUCAGGAACAAAGAAAAUUCAUCACCCUUAGAAUCAAAUGAAGCACAAGGUAAAAAUAAACCAAAAAAGAGGAAGAUUGCUGAAACCUCUAAUGUUAUCACAGAAACACUGCCAUCUGCAGAAUCAGAGCCUGUUGAAAUUGAGGUGGAGAUUGCUGAAGGGACGAUGAAAGUGGAGGAUGACAGCAUUGAAACUCUUGAAGAAGUAGCUUCUGCAGAGCAAUCCAUAAAGUACAUACAGACAACAGGUACAUCAGAUGAAUCUGCUUUGGCUCUUUUGGCAGAUAUCACCAGCAAGUAUCGUCAGGGAGAGAGAAAAUGCCAGAUGCAAGAAGAAGGUGAUAGUGCAACUGACCCCUCGUGCAAACAGGAACACAUGAAAACACACUCUACUGAGAAUUACAAAUGUGACAUAUGCAAUAAAAGAUACCUACGAGAGAGUGCUUUGAAACAGCACCUCACCUGUUACCACCUUGAUGAAGGUGGUGCCAGCAAGAAGCAAAGACCUGGCAAGAAAAUACAUGUAUGCCAGUACUGUGACAAGCAGUUUGACCAUUUUGGGCAUUUUAAAGAGCACCUUCGGAAGCACACAGGUGAAAAACCCUUUGAAUGUCCAAACUGCCAUGAACGUUUUGCUCGGAAUAGCACACUGAAAUGUCACCUGACAGCCUGUCAGUCUGGAGCUGGUGCUAAAAAGGGAAGAAAGAAGCUGUAUGAAUGUCAGGUUUGUAACAGCGUAUUUAACAGCUGGGAUCAGUUCAAAGACCACUUGGUAAUACACACUGGUGACAAACCCAACCACUGCACCUUAUGUGAUCUGUGGUUUAUGCAAGGCAGUGAGCUGAGAAGGCAUCUCAAAGAAAUGCACAAUAUUUCAGAACUGUUAGUGACAGAAGAGGUUCUUCCAGUGGAAGCUAUGGAAGCUGAACCAGUAACGUCAAUGACUAUAAUAGAACAAGUUGAGCAAGUGCAUGUCCUACCAGUAAUUCAGGUACAAGUGGAUCCUGCACAGGUAACUGUGGAACAGAUGCACCAGGAUCUCAUACAUGACAAUCAAGUGAAAGGCACACAGAUGGAGGAACUACAGGAACAGGUGCAGAUUAGUUACCUGGAAGUUGAACACAUUCAGACUGAACAAGGUGCUGAAGUUCAUGUGGAGCAGUUACAUGUCGAGCAUGUAAAUCAAAUACAGAUGGAAGAAGUACAGGCAGAACUUAUAGAUGGAACAGACCUUGAACAAGUAGAAUAUCAAAGUGUUGAUCAAGGAGAAGCAGAAGAAAAGGAUCAUAAUCAAGCAGAUGAUGCAGAUAAGGAACAUCAUGAGCAAGCUGAAGACUUAAAAACACAACAAUUAGGGGAUACACAAAAUGCAAAAGUGGAUGAGUAGGACACAUAAUGACACUGCAGUUUUAAGAAUUAAAUACCAAAUUAUUUUUGUUAACUUUUACAUUGGUUUUUGAACAGUCACUGGUCACCUUUCCAAUAUGCUGUCCAUAAGGAGCUGGACAAGUGGACCAAAAUUAGCUUUCUUCAUGUACAAUUAAACUUCUCUUGUAAGUGAAAAAUACUUCCCCAUUCAUGUAGUGCCAUGAAACAGAAACUACCACAAGACAUGGACAACUUUGUGAGAUUUUUAGCAAUGAACAGCUUGUAUCAUUGUAUCAUCACACCAUUCCUGGGCUUAUGUAAAAAUAAUUUCACCUCUUUUCCUCUUGCAGUAGAGGCAAAGUCUUAUAUAAAUUUGCAGGAUGUCUGUGGCAGGAGAGUCAGUAAAAUCUGAGGGGUUCUGCUGUAAGUGGCAAUUACGUACCUGUGAAUUUUCAGAUCUUAACUUUCAGGCUGGGCUAAAAGCACUGUUGCUGGAGGUCUCUGAGCACAAAAGUCCUGUGCCUUUUCAACACUGAAUGGUUAAAUUUCCACAAAGUUUCUAGAGUUUUUGAGAACUUAGUUCUGUGAAAGGCAGUGUAGGUAAUGUUAUAGUGCUUUAUAUUUUUGCUUGAAAUUGCUGGUUACUGAUUUUCUUUUUGCAUUAAAUUUAGAGGCGGGGGGCUGAGGGAGGGAAGAGACUUCACUUAGAGGCAGCAGGACAUGCUAAAUGGGACACUUAAAAAUAGGAAGAGCUUGCUAUAGUCUGUGAUAAACAUGAUUUGGAAAAAAGCUACAAGCAGGUUCUUCUUGUAUAAAUAAUCAUUUUUGAAAAUGAAUAUGUUUUAAACAUAAACAGAGACUUGUCUAUAUGGUAUCAGGUUCUUGUUUUUUUUUUUUUUUAAUUAAAUUCUGACACUUGACAAAAAGAUGUGCUAAACAUAAAAGUAAAAGCCAUAGGUAUGAGUGCUAAACUGUGGAUUGAAAAGUAGAAAUGUAAAUAGUUUAAUCAAUAUUAGAAAAUAAAACAAUACCAACCAUUAAAUGUUGCAUUAUUUGUUUCAUCCAAUAUAUUAGAAACAACUGAAUGACUGGCAAUUAAGUGCCAAGUUCCAGUGUUAAGGAUCAAUCUCAUGUUUAAUAUGAUUAAUAGCUUUUUAUUGUAUAGUUAAAAUCUUUUAGAAAAUGCUUGUUUGGUCAAGGAUGUUAAGAAUGUCUUAAUUACUGCUGGAGGUUAGAGGUGCUCGAAACUCCUGAAGAAAUUUUUCUUCCAAAGCCUUAAAUUAAGGGAAGAAUUUUUGCAAGGACAGUCCCUACUCCUCUUCGUAAUACUGUACAUCUUAGUUAAAAUCAGGCUUUUCUAUUCUAUCUUCAAAUGCUGAACUGUUUCCUGGUAUUUGUGCUUUUAUUUAGUUUCAUUCAAUAUUAUUGUGUUUCAUCAUAGCCUUUGAGAAACUGUUGCAAA